AUGGAUGCGACAAUCGGUGACAACAUCACGCUAGAAACGCCAGAUCCAAAGAAGCGGCGGCAAAGCGCACAGAGCACCACACCAAGACGACGAAGCGAACCGAAAAUCACCUUGCCGGCGUUGAGUGAUUUCGCCAGAUCACAUGUCGCCAACUGGUCUCCGCCUGUACCUAUAACACCAGAAUCGGAAGCAUUACGAAGUUUGAAGAGCGAAUGGAGAAAGCAAUCCCGCGAAGAGCCUGUGUACGAUGGGCCGAGAUCCGAGAAGCAACUUCUGAUCGUGGAUCUGCAAGAUUACGAGAUCUAUCGAACACCGGAGAGCGAGUGCAGAGCGUAUGAGUUGACGAGCCUGCACUAUCUGGAGGUCUCGAUUGCGAAGAAAUUAUGCUUUGAUGGCUUCAUCUGUGUGGGAUCGACCAAACACUUUGUCCAUGCAGUACCGAUUCAGGAUAGCUCUGUCGAGGGCUACGGAGACGAUGAAAACUCUGGUGUUACUACAUACAUACAGUCUACGUUCGCGGCUAGUAGGGACAAGCACUACGACAUAUGGUACAGACUUGCGAAGCCCGCUCCAGGCUACAAAGAGUUCCAGAAUUCGUUCCUCUGGGUAGCGCAGCUAGGAAAGCAUAUUAUCGACUACGUGGACAGUCAACCCGUAGGAUCCGUCGGGCUCAACAACUUCCGCGAAGACUUCUAUCAAUGGCUCUCGCCUCGUUUUAGUCAUUGUGCCGACUUCCAGCAAUGGCAUACUGCUUUCAGACAUCAGGCUGACUUUCGCGUCGCCGUACACGCUUACAUCGAAUACUUCUACAACCAAGCGUUCAACCUUCCGAACUCGAAACAGCUGCUUGCUCAUCCUCUCUGGAGCGAGUGCAUGGCUAAAGGGUUAACGGCAAUCAAGGCGCAGAAGCAAAUCAUCGAGCACACCAUCGCUACACCGGAGGUUUACGAUUGCUUCAAGCACAUGUACUUUGGUGAGCAAAUUCAGGCAAAACGGCCUACUGACACGGUCAGAAUCGUACAGGAGCGCAGGAAACGGAGGCUUGGCUUUGCGCAGAGUUUCUGGGCACGGCCACCGCCUACUCCGCGACGGAAUGUAUGUCAACCGUAUGGCGACUCACCAGUGAAGGUUGGCGACGUUGUCGCCUUGAUCCCCGACGAGGCUGACGCAACUGUUUGGCGCAACACGACCUGGGAGUGGCUCGCAUACGUUCAGGGUACCGAGCCCCUGAAGGACGGAACGCAGAGGUUGUUCGUGCUAUGGAUUUAUCGACAUCACGAGACCAAUAUCUUCAAAGCAGAAUACCCAUACCAGAACGAAGUCUUCUUAUCGGACAACUGCAAUUGCUCUGAAGGAGAGUUAUUGUCCACGGACAUCAAGGGAAGAUACGAUAUAGACUGGUCGCCUUCCACUAUCGACGCUGAACGCUUUUUCGUUCGCCAAACCUACGUCACCCAAGACAGCGCCUUUGUCAGCCUUCGAUCUUCACACAAGACUUGCACGUGUUGGAAGGAAAAGGGCACAUCCGUCGACAACUACCGUCGAGGCGACACGGUAUAUCUGGCAAGGACCCGGAACGGAGACAAGUUUCUGGAUCCAGUCGUCUUCCAAUACAUCGAUCACGCCAAAGGGACUGUCAGAGUGCGAAGGCUGUUACGACUAGAACGCGACUGUAGAGAACUAGCAAUCAAAGCUCGGCGCUCAAAUGUCUUGGCCAAUGAGCUGGUCCUUACGGACGAAUACGAAGAUGUGUCCGCAUCCCGCAUCCAGCGACGUUGUUUCGUCAAGUUUGUGACUAAGUCUGACGUCCAGAUUGGACGGAUACCUUUCACGUACAAUCGCGGCGGUGCGGGCGAUCUCUGGUUUCUAUCCAUGGGGUUGGGCAGCAAGGACGGAGAGCAGAACCUUAUCUUCCUACGAUGUCUUCCCAAGAGCUUCAACGAAGGCCCCGACAUGACUUCUCCUGAAUCACUGAGAGGAAUGAGCAUCUUCAGUGGCGGUGGCUCGCUUGAUCGAGGUCUUGAGGAGGGCGGAGCAGUCACUUUUCAUUCUGCUGUUGACUUCAGCCCCCAUGCCAUACACACUCAACGGGCAAACUCGAAGAGCCCGGAGACGAUGUAUCUGUUCUGUGGAUCUGUCGAUGAUCACUUCGACGCAGCUCUCAAGGGUGCCAAACCUGACCUUGUUCCGCGAGUCGGCGAGGUCGACUUCCUUGCUGCUGGAUCGCCAUGUCCUGGGUUCUCAGCUCUUCAGCACAAUAUUCUCAGUCCGCAGUCCUUGAAGAAUGCAUCACAUAUCAGCACCUUCUGCUCGUAUGUGGAUCUAUAUCGCCCUUUGUACGGUAUACUCGAAAACGUCGUCAACAUGGCUUCAACACGGACUGGAUUUGAAGACCAGAAUGUCCUAUCUCAGGUGGUUGCUUCUCUAGUCUCGAUGGGAUACCAAUGUAAUCAGUACAUCAUGGACGCUUGGAGUUACGGCAGCGCGCAACAGCGUUCACGCCUGAUCCUCACCAUAGCUGCACCCGGACUUGAGCCAAUUGCCCAACCUUGGCACACUCACGCGCGGCCUUACGAGGAGACGGCGGGACGAAGCUUAGGUUAUUUACCCAACGGACAGAAAUUUGGUGAACGCGAGCACUACCCAACGCCGUUUCCGUAUGUACCAGCGGUGUCUGUCGAUGCGGGAUUGCCCGAUAUUGGCAAUGGUAUCGUACAGACUUGUAUUCCGUUCCCAGACCACCGCUUAGGCCAGUUACCAACGCGCAAGCAACGUGCACUGGUCAGAUGCAUUCCACGGCAGCCCCCAGGUUGUGGCUACAAAGAAGCGGACCAACUUGGCCUUAUCCCGACUUCACUACGAGAUCCCAGAACCGACAUCGGGAAAGCGUACAGGCGGAUCAAAGCAGCUGGGUUGGUACCGACUAUCACAACAAAUAUAGUCAUCCGAGAUUCUCGAAACGGCGCCACAUUGCAUUGGGACCAACAUCGGUCUAUCAGCGUAUUGGAAGCUCGUCGGACGCAAGGAUACAUGGAUGAGGAGCCCAUCAUUGGUUCGCUUCCGGAGCAAUACAAGAUCGUGGGCAAUGGCGUGGACCGUAAGGUUGCUUUUGCCAUGGGUCUGUCUCUACUACAGGCCGUCCAGAAGAACGAGUUGGGGUUUACUGCGAACGGAACGACGCAGAACUCCGCUGAGAUUGUGGACGUUACUAGCGAUGUUGAAACAUCUCAGAUCCAGAAGAGUGUUAAGAAGCCCAGACCUCAGUCCAAAGUAUACGAUGUGUCGCCAGUCCAAAAGGGACAGCUCGGUAGGAGUUCCGGUCCGGUAGUGGCUAUACCUGGACGACGGAAAACGGAAGGCGCUACUUCAACUAUGAUCAGUAAUCCAGGGUCUUCUAGGAGGAAUGCGAGCGUGCCUAAUGGCGCAACUAGCGAAACUUCACAGACUCCAGCUAUAUCACAACCUAACGCCUCCGUUACCCAGACCACCGGCUUCUUCUCCCGACUCUCCAAAUCUCUCGCCGCAGGCGUCGGUCGACUCUCCCUGUCGAGCAUGUCCACUUCUUCCUCUACCCCGACUCCCGCACCAACCCCCGUAAAACGCAGUCGCGAAGAGGAUGAAGACCCUUUCGCACCAGAAAGUCAGAGCCGCACAUCAAGAGAGCGACCAAGGAAACAACUCCGAGAGGAAGUCUGUAUUCUCGCAUCGAAGCGGCAGUGUGAGUUCGACGAGCUCGAGUAA